AAUUUGCCACUAGUCACGUGAUGGAUAUACUUUGUCACGUGAUAAGAUUGCAGGUGCCAGGUGGUAAUAGUGUGACUGAUUAGUGUCAACUGGUAAUGGCCAACAAUCCUUACUUUCAACUUCUACAAGCAUUGGCUGCAGCACGCCAAGCGGUGCCAGUUAGUACUACGGUGACAGGAAAUGUAACUAACAGUGUCAUUUCGCCUUCUACAGUAGAGAACCAAGGUGGCAUACAAUCGCAAACACAACCCCAAGUGACGCCCGUAUCAUUGUUACCUACUGUAACUCAGGCUGGACCUUCUACCGUGACAGAGGCCACUCAGGAGGUGUCGGAAAAGGGUAGCUCUCAAAAAUAUACCUACAAGGUCAAGAUUUUAUAUCCUAAAAGGAAAAGAGAGGCGGUGACAGCUUUUGUGCACAAUUUUCACUCAAUUUUUGUCUGUAACUUCUGUAAAGGCUCAUCUGCUAGAUGA